AUGUCUUUCUUUAAUAUCACUCUGAGCAAUUUAAGUUUAGAAAUGCAAAUAACUGGAGAUCAACCUCGAGACGAGCAUUUGGCUCAAGUUGAAAUAGCCCUUCUAAGUAUCAUCUUUCUGAGCGCCGCGAUCCUGAACUUCGGACUGCUGAUGGUGUUGUGGAGAAGGCGAAAACAGAUGUCCCGAAUGCGUGUGUUUGUUUUUCAUCUGUGUUUGGCAGACCUGAUGGUUGCUUUCUUUCAGGUGUGCCCUCAGCUCAUGUGGGAUAUAACGGACAGGUUCAUCGGUCCCGAUUUGGUGUGUCGGCUGGUAAAGUAUUUGCAAGUCGUUGGCAUGUUUGCCUCGACUUAUAUGAUUGUAGUGAUGACCAUUGACCGGUAUCAGGCCGUUUGCAACCCCAUGGUCACAUUCCAGAGAAGGCGGGCGCGCUGGAACGUUCCUGUUUGCAUCGCAUGGGCCAUCUCCCUCACCGGCAGCCUCCCUCAAAUUUUCAUUUUCUCUCGGGUUCAGAUUGCCCCUGGAGUAUUUGACUGUUGGGCUAACUUCAUUGAACCUUGGGGACUGAAGGCAUAUGUGACCUGGACAACGCUGGUCAUAUUUGUGUUGCCUGUUUUGACGGUGAUAGCGUGUCAAGUGCGCAUAUGUCGAGCAGUCCAAAUCAACUUUUACAUGAAAACGCACCAAGACAAAGAAGAAGGAAUCAGACAUCCGCUUCCAUCCAGGGCAAGCAGUGUGGUCGGGGUGUCAAAGGCGAGGAUUAAAGCAGUGAAGAUGACAGUGGUGAUUGUACUCGCCUACAUUAUAUGCUGGGCUCCAUUCUUCACGGUUCAACUGUGGUCUGUCUGGGAUGUAAACGCUCCAACUGAAACCGCGACAUUUACGAUCCUCAUGCUCUUGGCAAGUCUGAACAGUUGCGCCAAUCCGUGCAUCUACCUUCUCUUCAGCGGAAAACUGCCCAAAAGAUUGGUUGCUUUCGUCUGCCUGGACCAGAGCGAUAUGAAGGACUCAAUCCCAGAAGAGGCUACGAUGGUCAGUUCAUUGUACAUGAGUUUCAAAAGUCUGUCGGACUCUAGGUGA